CGACAUUCGUCUUUUUUUUCAACCUAGAUUUGGUGGCUUAGCCUCUCGCCAUUCCCAACACGAAAUCGUGGGCAUAUACGUCAACAGAAACCCGCGACGGACCUCACGAUCGUCCGAAUCCCAUUGAAUAUCUUUUUGAUACCCACGAUUACCCCGCCACCAACUGCCCAUCAUGCCUCCCAAGAAGGGUAAGGAGCCCGUGGCCAAGAAGGCCACAAAGACGGUCGAGGACCGAACUUUCGGUAUGAAAAACAAGAAGGGAGGUGCUGCUCAGAGGGAAAUCUCGCGCAUGCAGGCGAACCUCAAGAACAGUGGCUCAGCUGAGGAGAAGAAAAAACAGGCCGAGAGGGAGGCUCGUGAGCGUGAGAAGAAGGCGGCCGAAGAAGCCAAGAGGGAUCUGGAGGCUAUGAUGAACAAACCAGCACAAGUUCAGAAGGUGCCUUUUGGCGUUGAUCCCAAGACAGUUGUGUGUAUCUUUUACAAGAAAGGCAACUGUGAGAAGGGCAAGAAGUGCAAGUUUUCACACGACCUUUCUGUUGAGCGUAAGACAGAAAAGAAGAACCUGUACAACGAUUCAAGAGGAGACGAAGAGGAGAACAAGAAGGCCGAAACUUCAGCAGACUGGGACGAAGACAAAUUGCGAAGUGUCGUUUUGUCAAAGAAGGGCAACCAGCAAACCACAACCGACAAAGUGUGCAAAUACUUCAUCGAGGCCAUUGAGGAUGGCAAGUAUGGUUGGUUCUGGAUUUGCCCUAACGGAGGAGAUAAGUGCAAGUAUAAGCAUGCGCUGCCACCUGGAUUCGUCCUGAAGACUAAGGAGCAAAGAGCAGCAGAAAAGGCGCUUAUGGACAAAUCACCACUCAAGACCCUCACACUCGAGGACUUCUUGGAGUCUGAGCGACACAAACUGACCGGUACUCUUACGCCAGUCACUCCCGAGACUUUCGCGAAGUGGAAGAAGGAUCGCCUCGACAAGAAGGCAGCCGAGGAGCAAGCCCGCAAGGCCAAGGAGAACACUGGCCGUGCUCUGUUCGAGAGUGGCAAGUGGAGAGAUGAGGAUGAUUCCGACGAUGAUGAUGACGAUGACGAUGUCUGGAACCUGCAGAAGCUUCGUGAAGAGACAGAGGCUGUCCGUUCGAAGAAGGAAGAGGAGCGUCUGCUGUCAAGCUAUGAUACUCCUAAUAAUGGUACCACGGGCCAGGCAACCCCGGCAGAGGAUACUCCAGCUGAGACAGCAACCGGAUCUUGAGUCAACAGAGACACAGGCGUGUGGCAUAUGUAGUCUAGAAGACCUUGGAUCUGGGAUUCGUCAAGCUCUCCUAGUUGGAGCUCGCCGGAGAACAGACCAUCCAGAGGCAAGCCGAGCCCUGCUGCAGACCUCACAUCAGUGACCCCACGAGUGAGAGACGUGUGCAGGUCUACCAUGGCGAUCUCGUCAUCUUGCUAAUCCUCAUGAGAGGAAGGAUGACGUCUGUCCUCCGAGUAGAAUAAAUUACAGUACCAGUAUAUCAGCGUGCGAGCUGUCAAGAUGAC